GCGCGUGGAGGUGUGGGGGGCUGCGCGUGGAGGUGUGGGGGGCUGCCUCUGGAGGGGUAGGGCUGCGCAUGGAGGGGUAGGGCUGCGGCUGAGCGUGGAGUCGUGGGGCUGCGCAUGGAGGUGCGCGGCUGUGCCUGGAGCUGUGGGGCUGCGCCUGGAGGUGUGGGGUUCCCCGCACCUGAGCACCCCUGCAUAACACCACAGUCCCCUCUGGACCCUCUUCAAGGAAGUUCAGUUCUUUAUUGGGCUCUCCACUACACUGCGAGUGCCCUCCUCAGGCGAGAGAACGUUCUGGCUCUUCUCUUGCCCUUCAGCCCCUGUUAAUCGGACAGAGAUGGCAGGGCUGUGUCUCCACGGCCGGAGGCUCUCAUAGUCGGGGCACCCACAGCGGUUCCCCACCUGCCUUCUGGGCAGAACACACUGCCACCCAUAGGUGGGCAUCUCUACUCGUGGGCCAUCUGCUUAGGUUGGGUUCCUCUGGAUUCUGGGGAGAUUGGGGGUUCUGUUUUGAUCAGCUGAUUCUUCUGGGGGCAAGUGGGUGCUCGCGAGCUCUCCAGCUUCCUAAAGGUGGAGAAGCACGGACUUCGGGAGCCUGGCCUGGAUCCCUUUCCCCGUUCCUGUCCCUGUGCCCUUCAUCUGGGUGCGUUAGGGCUGACAUACAAAGCACCACAGUGAAAGAACAGCAGUAUGCUUCCUCACUAGCCAGGUGUGGGCGGGUGGGUUUCCUCCAAGGCCUCUCUGUGGCCGUGGGUAGCCACCUCUGCCUUGCACCGCUGCGGUCUUCCCUCUGUGUGUGCUCCUGGUAGCUCUGCGCAUGCUCAUCUUGUAAGAACACCAUGGCGGCCGGGCACAGUGCCUCACGCCUGUAAUCCCAGCACUUUGGGAGGCCGAGGCGGGCAGAUCACGAGGUCAGGAGUUCGAGACCAACCUGACCAACAGGGUGAAACCUCGUCUCUACUAAAAAUACAAAAAUACCUGGGCAUGGUGGUGGUGCGUGCCUGUAAUCCCAGCUACUCAGGAGGCUGAGGCAGGAGAAUCGCUUGAACCCAGUAGGCAGAGGUUGCAGUGAGCCAAGAUAGUGCCACUGCACUCCAGUCUGAGCAACAGAGCGAGACUCUGUCUCAAAACAAACAAACAAACAAAAAAAACCCACCAUGGCUUAGGGCCCAGCCUGAUGACCUCAUUUUUCACUUAAUCACCUCUCUAAAGGCCCUGUCUCCAAAUAGAGUCACCUUCUAAGGUACAGGGGCGGGGGGCUAGGGCUUCAACAUAUGAAUUUGCGGGGACCACAGUUCAGCCCAGGACCCCACUCCCGCCACCCAGCACUGGGGGAGCUGGGGAAGGGUGAAGAGGAGGCUGGGGGUGAGAAGGACCACGGCUCACUCUGAGGCUGCAGGUGUGCUGGGCCUUCUGGGCACUGGGCCUCGGGGAGCUAAGGGGCUUUCCGGAACCCUGGGCCUAUGUGUCAGCUUGCCUCCCCCACCCAGGCGCUCUCCACACCUCUGAAUUUCUUAUCUCUUGGGCCUGAGCCUGGGGCAUGUGGAGGGAGGGUGGCCACCAGUGCACGUGGGCACCUUGCCUCAAACCCUGCCACCUCCCCCCACCCAGGAUCGGAUGCAGGAGCCCCCCUGCCCCCGAACAAGCUUGUGAGUGCAGUGUCACAUCCCGUUGGGAUGGAAAUGGACGGUAGGGUUAAAGGGGACGCAUGUGUAGACCCUGCCUCUGUGCAUCAAGCCUCUUUUGAGAGCCCCUGCGUGCCAGGCCAUGCACAGAGGUGGAGAAGACUCAGCUGUGCCCUGGAGCACCUCCUCUCAUCGAGGAAAGGACAGACGGUGGCUCCCCUGUGGCUGUGGGGACAAGGGCAGAGCUCCCUGGAACACCGGAGGGAGGGAAGGAAGAGAGCAUCUCAGGAUCUCCCUCCUGAGAUGGCAAACGAUCCGGGUUAAAUUAAGGUCCGGCCUCUCCCUGCUCAGGCAUGUGGAGCUUGUAGUGGAAGAGGCUCUCUGGACCCUCACCCACCACAAUGGCCUGGUUAGAGACCUUGGGGAAACAACUCACAGGCGACCCGGGGCCUCUGUCCUGUACCACAGCUGAGGGAAACUGUCCCGCGCGUCCACUGGGGACAAUGCCCUCCCUCAUCUCCAGACUUUCCAGUCCUCAUUCAGUUCUCGAAAGUCGCCUCCAGAAGCCCCAUCUUGGGACCACUGUGACCUUCAUUCUUCAGGGUGCCUGGCCUUGCUGCUGCCCAAGACCCCAGAGGGGCCCUCACUGGCCUUUCCUGCCUUUUCUCCCAUUGCCCACCCAUGCACCCCCAUCCUGCUUCAGCACCCAGACUGCCAUCCAGGCACACCCAGGAUCUCCUCAAGUCACAUAACAGGCAGCACCCACAAGGUGCUCCCUUCCCCCCAGCCUGAAUCUGCUGCUCCCCGUCUGGGGUUCCCUGCCCAUGCACCCCCGGGGGCCCCUGGGUUCUGCCACACCCUGCCCUGUGUCCCACGGUGGGGAACGUCCUUCUCUCCUUAUCUCUUCCCUUCCCUUAAACCCAAGUUCAGUUGCCAUCUCCUCCAGGAAGUCUUCCUGGAUUCCCCUCUCUUCUUAAAGCCCCUGUAAACCCUGACCACACUGAACAUGUGUCUGCCGCUCCCUAGUCUGGGCCAUGACUGAGGGUGGAGGCCGAGUCUCAUGCAUUUUUGCAGCCCCCACGAGACUGUGCAGGUGGCUGGCCCUCAUUGAAUACGGGGUUAAUUUAACUCAGCCUCUGUGUGAGUGGAUGAUUCAGGUUGCCAGAGACAGAACCCUCAGCUUAGCAUGGGAGGUAGCUUCCCUGUUGACCCUGAGUUCAUCUGAGGUUGGCUUGGAAGGUGUGGGCACCAUUUGGCCCAGUUCUUACAGCUCUGAAGAGAGCAGCAGGAAUGGGGCUGGGCAGGGAAGACAACUUUCCAUCGAAGACCCUUUUCAGGGCCAGAACUGUCCCUCCCACCCUGCGGCUGCCCUGCCUCUGCCCAUGAGGGGUGAGAGUCAGGCGACCUCAUGCCAAGUGCAGAAAGGGGCAGACGGGGCUCCAGGUUACGACGUCACUACGCUGGGCGGAGACAGCACGUCCAAAUCUACUAAAGGGUUAAAGGAGAAAGGGUGACUUUACUUUUCUUAAGAUAUUUUGGGGGACGAAGUGUGGAAAAGUGGCAGAGGACACAGUCACAGCCUCCCUUAAAUGCCAGGAAAGCCUAGAAAAAUUGUCUGAAAUCAAACCUCAGCCAUAACAAAGACCAACACAUGAAUAUCCAGGAAAAAAAGAAAAAGAAAAAUGUCAUACGGGGUCCACGCACAAGAGCCUUUAAAAUGACCCGCUGAAGGGUGUCAGGCCUCCUCCUCCUGGACUGGCCUGAAGGCUCCACGAGGUUUUGCUGAGACCUUUGGGUCCCUGUGGCCUCAUGUAGUGCCCAGCAUGUAGUAAGUGCUCAAUAAAUGUUUGGCUACAAAAGAGGCAAAGCUGGCGGAGUCUGAAGAAUCGCUCAAUCCUGCCGGAACAGAUGCUCACACCGAAGGGAAAAGAGCAGGAGCCAAGUCACGUUUGGGAACCUGCAGAGGCUGAAAACUGCCGCAGAUUGCUGCAAAUCAUCGGGGGAAAAACGGAAAACGUCUGUUUUCCCCUUUGUGCUUUUCUCUGUUUUCUCCUUUGUGCUUUUCUCUGUUUUCAGGAUUUGCUACAGUGAACAUAUAUUGCUUUGGGGCCCCAAAUGGAAUUAUUGUGAAAGGAAAAUGCAGAUAAUCAGGUGGCCGCACUGGAGCACCAGCUGGGUAGGGGUGGAGAUUGCAGGGAAGGAGGAAGAGCUGGGUGGGGUGCCAGGCAGGAAGAGCCCGUAGGCCCCGCCGAUCUUGCGGGAGUCGUGGGCGGCAGUGUUCCAUCCUGACUAUAAAAGGGAGCACCUGGUGGGAAGAGGGAAUUCUUUUAAACAUCAUUCCAGUGCCCAAGCUUCCUGGACCUGUUGUCAUCUUGGGGUGGGCCUCCCCUGGGUGACUCUAGUGUGCAGCCUGGCUGAGACUCAGUGGCCCUGGAUUCUUACUGCUGACACCUACCCUCAACCUCAACCACUGCAGCCUCCUGUGCACCCUGAUCCAGUGACUCAUUUUCCACUUUCAGUCCCAGCUCUAUCCCUAUUUGCAGUUUCCAAGCGCCUGGCUCCUCCGUCAGCUCAGACCCAGCCAGGCCAGCCCCUGGGUCCCACAUCCCCUUUGCCAAGCUCAUCCCCGCCCUGUUUGGCCUGCGGGAGUGGGAGUGUGUCCAGACACAGAGACAAAGGACCAGCUUUUAAAACAUUUUGUUGGGGCCACGUGUGGUGGCUCACACCUAAUCCCAACACUUGGGGAGGCCAAGGCAGAAGGAUCACUUGAGUCCAGGAGUUCGAGACCAGCCUGGGCAACAUAGGGAGACCCUGUCUCUACAAUUUUUUUUUUUUAAUUAGCUGGGCCUGUUGGCACUCUCCUUUAGUUCCAGCUACUCCAGAGGCUGAGGUAGGAGGACCGCUUGAGCCUGGGAGGUCGGGGCUGCAAUGAGCCAUGUUCACACCACUAAACGCCGGCCUGGGCGAGACCCUGUAUCAAAAAAAGUAAAAUGAAUCCUGUACAUUAUAUUAAGGUGCCCCAAAUUGUACUUAGAAGGAUUUCAUAGUUUUAAAUACUUUUGUUAUUUAAAAAAAUAAAUGACUGCAGCAUAUAAAUUAGGUUCUUAAUGGAGGGGAAAAAGAAUACAAGAAAAGAAAUAAGAAUCUAGAAACAAAGAUGAAAGCAGAAAUAAACCAGAAAACACAACCUUGCACUCCUAACUUAAAAAAAAAAAUGAAGAAAACACAACCAGUAAAACAACAUAUAACAGCAUCAAAAGCUGGCUCCUGGCUGGGCGCGGUGGUGCAUGCCUGUAAUCCCAACACUUUGGGAGGCCGAUGCUGGAGGAUCACUUGAGACCAGGAGUUCAAGGUUGCAGUGAGCUAUGAUCAUACCACUACACCCUAGCCUGGGCAACAGAGCGAGACUGAGACUCUAUUAAAAAAAAAAAAAAAAAAAUGCUGGUUCCUUCCUUAUUUCAUUCCUUUAUUCAUUCAGACAACAUUUAUGGGGCACCUCUGAGCACCAGGCUCUGUGCUCAGAGCUUUUGCCCCCAGGGUCCAGGCCAGGGACAGGGGCAGGUGAGCAGAGAAAGGGCCAGUCACAGCAGCAGGAGGAAUGUAGGAUGGAGAGCUUGGCCAGGGAAGGACAUGGAGGGGGAGCAGCCCGCACAAGUCAGCAAGCCAGAGAAGACAGGCAGACCCUUGUUUGGGACCUGUUCAGUGGCCUUUGAAAGGACAGCCCCCACCCAGAGUGCUAGGUGCAGGAGCUGAAGGAGGAUAGUGGAACACUGCAACGUGGAGCUCUUCAGAGCAAAAGCAAAAUAAAGAACUGGGGGCGGCUGGGGCAGCAGAGGGCGUGUGUUCAGCGCUAAGGGGUGUGAAGCUUGAGUGCUAGGAGAGUUCACACUGGCAGAAGAGAGGUUGGGGCAGCUGCAAGCCGCCGGACAUCAUCUGAUAGGACAGAGGGUGGUGGAGGGUGGCCCCGAAGAGAGGCUCAGUUCAGCUGGCAGUGGCCAUGGGAGUGCUGAAGCAGGCGGGCUGUUGGCAUCUGCUGGGGAGGGUUAAGCAGGGGUGAGGGCCCAGCCUCAGCAGCCCUUCUUGGGGGGUCGCUGGGAAACACAGAGGAGAGCUGAAGAAGCAAGGAGUCCCAGGGGCCACGUAGGGCGAGAGAGAAGUUGCUCAUGUGGGGCCCAGGCUGCAGGAUCAGGAGAACUGGGGACCCUGUGGCUGCCAGCGGGGAGAAGGGGGUGUGCAGGAUCACGGCCAGGGAAGGGCCCAGGGGCCCGAGCAUGGGGGGGCCUGGUUGGAUCUGAGAAGAUGGAGCUAAAGUCACUUUCUCGGAGGAUGUCCAGGCCAGUAGUUGGGAUGUGAAGACCUGAAGCAGCACAGAGCCUGGAAGCCCAGGAUGGACAGAAACCUACCUGAGCAGUGGGGCUUUGAAAGCCUUGGGGGUGCAAUAUUCAAGAUGGUCACAAGAUGGCGAUAGAAUGCUGUAACUGUUUCUUGGUUCUGGGCCGCAGCCUGGGUGGCUGCUUCCUUCCCUGUGUGUAUUGAUUUGUUUCUCUUUUUUGAGAUGGGGUCUUGCUGGGUUGCCCAGGCUGGAGUGCAGUGGUGCAAUCAUAGCUCACUGCAACCUUGAAGUCCUGAGCUCAAGAGAUCCUUCCACCUCAGCCUCCUGAGUAGCUGGGACCACAGGCUUGCACCACAGUGCCCAGCUAAUUUCUUAUAUUUUUUGUAGAGAUGGGGUUUCACUGUGUUGCCCAGGAUGGUCUUGAACUCCUGGGCUCAAGUGAUCUUCCUGCCUCGGCCUCCCAAAUUGCUGGGAUUACAGGUGUGAGCCACCACACCCGGCCUUAAAAAUACAUUAUAUUUAAUAGCAAAGCCCCAGUUGUGUCUUUAAAAAGCGUCUAUGUAGAGCAUUUAUGUGGAAUAAAUACAGUGAAUUUGUACGUGGAAUCAUUUGCCUCUCCUCGAUCAGGGCCAGGGAUGCAGGUGAGCUUGGGCUGAGAUGUCAGACCCCACAGUAAGUGGGGGGCAGAGCCAAGCUGGGACCUUCCUCUAGGACAGCUCUGUAACUCUGAGACCCUCCAGGCAUCUUUCCCUGUACAUCAG